AAUAUUGACACGUACAAAAACAAUCAUUUCAUAAGUAUAUUUACAUUGUGUCUAAGUAUUUUUAUUAUGUCGUCAGAUGAUUAUCAAGUACAUAAUAUCUACCGAUACACGAGGAAAACAUACAAACAGAACAGAAGCUGUCCGCGAGAUUGUACUCUUGACAAUUCAGGGGAAGAUGGAACAGUAGAUCAACCUGAGAAUUCUAGAGAAGACGUUGAUUUGAUAGAUCAUUCACCUAGAAGCGACGAUUAUGCUUUGGUCACUCCCGAGUGCCUCCACGACUCGGAUACGCAGAGAGACGUGACCAGCAUUCUGCACAAAAAAUGUCCAGUUAUAACCUUGGCUCAGCAACAACUUUCAAAGGUUAUUGAAGAGACUAACCAUAUGUUAUCCAGAGUCCCUGAAGAAAAUUGCAGUGCACUUAUUCGCUACAUAUGCUAUUGCAAGAAUCUAAUCUUAUGCCAAAACAAAGCAAAUUAUAUUCUGGGAGUCCUAUUACUUUUGGUGAUGUUCCUCGCCGGCCUACUGUUUGGAGCGGCAACUUGCGGCACUCACUACGGGCAAUUCAAUAAUCCAAUACUCAACUGUAUAGACAGCUACUUUAUUCCUGACAUUAUAAGUAUUGAUGAACCUUUCCGCUACACUACGUAAGAAUUAUUUUGUAUUUUUUAAAUAAAUAUAUUCUGUUACAGAUAAGUAAAUU